AUGAAUCACGAUUACUCUGACACAUCAAAUUUGAGACAUGUACAACAACAAAAUCGUGAACGACGUCGUUUAUACCUACAACAGAGGAGGCAACGCUCAGCUUCAGAACCAAAUGCUCAAACUGAACAACCGCAAAGAGAAUUCGAACAGUUACGCCUUCAAAACUUAAGCACUGAACAACGCUCAACAAGAUUGGAGCAACGUCGUCUUGCUCAGCGCAGGCGAAGAUUGUUUAUUCGCAAAGAAAGUGCGACCUCUAAUGUGCAACAAAGAGAAAUUCAAAGGGAAAGUUGGCGUAAUUAUGCUAGACAAAGGAGGGCUGCUUUGACUAUUGAACAACACGAACAACAACUUGCAAGGCGACGAACAAAUUAUCGACAAAGAAGGCAAAUAUCUGAAAAUCUCGAACAAACUUCUCAUCCAAAUCAAGUACAUAAUAUGACGAAUGCACAAACAAGUAGAUGCAUGUUAAACUUUUUCGAUGCAAUCCCAAGAAGAAAUAGAACAGGAUGGCGUAGGCCACUAGCAACAGUUUUGCCAACCAUUCACGAAGAAGGCAAUUUGGUUGCGACUAAUGUUUUUAGACGGGAAAGUAGAAUGACUGCACUCGCACGUAUCGACUUACCCCGAUAUGCACCUACUCAUUCGACUUAUGAGCAUGGAAGCACAAGUGGCAAUAGACAAGAUCCUCGCGAAGUUCAGAUAGAAGGAAAUAUCCCUCAUGUCGACCACAAUCAGGAUGCUUUGAGCGAUGAAGAUAUUCAAAAUAAUCGAUCAUUUAUCCAUAGGAGAUAUCAUAAUUGUGCAAGAAAUUUUCAUGAAAGUGAAGGUUCCAAAGAAUGCAGUUCCCUGCUCCAACUACAUGUUGACAUUGCAACGCAAGAUUGUUCCACCGUGACACAUCUACCAUGUGUUGUAAUAAUGGAACAAUUAUUUUGCCGUUGUAAUAAUGGAACAAUUAUUUUGCCACCAGUAACAGCUCCAAAUGAGAUGAUUGAUAUUUUCUCUGACCAAACAGUGGAAGGUCCUCAUUUCAAACAAAAUAUUCGAGCCUACAAUCAUGUUUUCUCAUUCACUUCAAUGGGUGUUCAUGUUGAUGAAAACUUAGCAACAAGAACUCGAGGUGUGUACACGUUUCGUGCACAAGGAGCCAUAUAUCAUAAGAUUGGGAGUCUCUUACCAAAUUCUAGUGACAGACCAAGAUAUUUGCAACUGUAUGUUUAUGACACUGACCAUGAGAAUGAGAAUCAAAUGUCUGAAAAUGAAGAAUUGCACUUGGAUUUGCUUGACAAGAUAAAGAAUAUUUUAAAUACUCAUAAUCCAUUUGUACACACGUUUCGCCAAUUGGCUCAGCGUCCAGACAUACAUGAAUGCAGACUUCAAAUCAAAGAGCAACCACAUAAUAGGCCCCAAUACAACCUUCCUACUGCUCCUGAAGUUGCUGCAGUUUUAGUAGGUGGCGAAAAAGCUGGAAAUUUAAAACCGAGAGAUAUCAUUGUCCAAUCAACCAGUGGUCACCUCCUAAAUAUUUCUGAUAUUGUCGGAUACUAUAAUCCAUUACAGUAUCCUCUGUUGUUACCCUACGGUUCAUAUGGAUGGGAUGCAAAUACCAGAAGUAAUGAUGGCAGAAAAGUAACAUGUUGUGAUUUCUAUUCUUAUAUGCUACAGAUUCGCCCUGGUGAUCAAGCUCUUUUUCUUCGAGGAGGUCGUCUCUUACAGCAGUAUGUCGUAGAUAAUUACGUGAAGAUUGAGUCCAACAAAUUAAGAUGGAUACGUACUCAUCAGAAUCACAUUCGAGCUGAUUUUUAUCAAGGUCUUCUAGAUGCAGUACAUGUUGGUGAAAAUUAUGGAGGUAAUGUUGGUCGUAGAACAAUAUUGCCAUCGUCAUUUGUUGGUGGCCCACGAGACAUGUAUCAGCGAUAUCAAGAUGCAAUGGCUCUGGUCCAAAAGUAUGGAAAACCUGAUCUUUUCCUUACAAUGACCUGCAAUCCAAAUUGGCCUGAAAUUAAAGCUGAGUUGCUACAUGGACAGUCACCACAUGAUCGUCCUGAUUUGCUAACAAGAAUAUUUCAUUCAAAAUUUGAUGAGAUGAAGACCGACAUUCUUACAAAACAUGUACUCGGGAAGGUUCUGGCAUACGCAUAUGUUAUUGAGUACCAAAAAAGACGCUUACCACAUGCCCACAUGGUCAUUAUUUUGGAUGAAAAUGAUAGGUUACGCACUCUUGAUGAUUAUGAUAACAUUGUCAGAGCUGAAAUUCCAGACAAGAGAUUAGAGCCUAGAUUAUACAGUGCAGUUCUCAAACACAUGAUACAUGGCCCAUGUGGAAUGUACAAUGAACGGUCCCCAUGUAUGACAAAUGGUCGGUGCAAAAGACGUUUCCCAAAGCCAUUUUCUUCAAUUACUACACUUGGAAACGAUUCAUAUCCUGUUUAUCGAAGAAGAGAAGGGGAGUCAGUUCCUUUAGAGAGUAAUCCAAGCGUCUUGGUGGAUAAUAGUUGGGUCAUUCCAUACAACCCAUGGUUGCUCUUGAAAUAUGAUUGUCAUAUCAAUCUUGAAAUUUGCAGUAGUGUUACAAGUGUGAAGUAUUUAUACAAAUAUGUUUAUAAAGGGCCUGAUCGUGUUGCACUAGAAGUUCGUCAAGGUCCUAAUUAUGACGAAGUACAACAGUUCAUAGAUGGAAGAUGGGUUUGUGCUCCAGAAGCAUUAUAG